AUGUCUACUAUGUGUUCUUCAGAAGAUAGGGCGUACCUCAGAAGCGACGCACAUUGUCCUCGCCCGGGCAAUGUGGCAAAUAUGCGAGGGCUACCGGUUAGAGGACGAAGCCGGCCAAAGAAGUUAGUUCGCCAUCGCCAGCAACAUCCAGUGCGCUUGGCAACACUUAACGUUGGGACGCUUACUGGAAGAAGUCGUGAACUGGCAUACAGUCUCAGAAAACGCCGUGUUGACAUAUGUUGUAUACAGGAGACUCGCUGGAAAGGCUCCAAAGCAAGGGAAUUAGGCGAUGGCUACAAGCUGAUCUACCACGGCACAUCAAAUCGCAAUGGCGUUGGUAUCAUAUUGAACGAGUCGUUUAGAAAUAGCGUCGCAGCGGUGGAUCGACUAUCGGAUCGCUUGAUGGCUGUAAAAGUAGAUACAGGAGAAGUGGAAUUGCGAGUCGUCUCUGCUUAUGCGCCACAGGCGGACUGUAGUGAAGAAGAGAAGGCAAGCUUCUGGGAGGAUCUGGAGCGGUACGUCCAAUCCCUGGAAAGCGAAGAAGUACUUUUAAUCGGAGGAGACUUCAACGGACAUGUCGGUUCCCGGAAAGACGGAUUCGAGAGUUGUCAUGGUGGAUACGGCUAUGGAGCUCGUAACGACGACGGGUUGCGUGCGAAUCCUGGAGUAUGCUGUUGCAAGUGA